AUUAAAUCAGCAGAAUCAGUGGAUGCUUUAAUUAAGUCAGUUGAACCUUAUCAUGUAUGAACAGUCACACACUAAAUGACGUUGCACACACUGUUUACUAAAGGAGAGCUGCUGGAUUUAAUGAUUCAUUAGAGUCAGGAUGACCUUUGACACCAGGUCUAUUUGCAUUGCAUGCUGGGUAAGUGUCCCAGGGCAGUGGGUGUGUGCAGGGAUGAUACAACUGGUUGGUUUGGUUUGGGAGCUGAACUCGCAGCAGCAGAGGAGCGUGCACACACAGAUGAUGGCAGACUCCAGCCCUCUGACCACACAUGUGCUGAACACCGGGGACGGGGUCCCGGCGGCCAGGAUGGCCCUAAGCCUGCACCGGCUCGACUCCAACCUGAUGAUCUGGAGCCUGCUGACUGUAGGCACAACAAAUGAAGAUGGACGCUGCCCAAAAAUCAUCGAGAGAAAAGAUUUCAUCCCUGGAAUGUACAAGCUGAGGUUUGAGACUGGUUCGUACUGGGAGAGUCUGGGUCAGACCUGCUUCUACCCAUAUGUAGAGGUUGUUUUUAGCAUCCAUGACCUGGAGCAGAAGUUUCACCUGCCUCUGCUGAUGAGCCGCUUCUCCUACAGCACCUACAGAGGAAGCUGAGCGAAACCGGAGACGGACGGAGACAUUUCCACUGUCUGAGAAUAGAUUCAAGUGUCCGAAACAGAGACAGAGACAGAGUCCAGUCUUUGACCCAGGUGCAAAUUUUAAUACAUAGCCAGUGUGUUUUUAUAUUUAUAAAUGUACAGUUGAUGCGAUGUGCGCUCGUUUAUCAUCAUUAAUGUACCACAACUCAAGGUCAUAAGACUUGACUGUGGUCUGCCAAAGAUUACAUAUAAGCGAGUUUGUUAUAAAGCUUCCUAAUAAAUUCAAAUUUAAUCGUAA